AAAACAGAAGUUUUUGAGAUUUUACAGACUUACUAGAACUCAAUAAAUGUAAAGGUUUUUAGAUGCUCAGAAAAAAGUGUCACUAGGAAGCUUAACUCAUCACUACAAACCAAGGUGCAACAAAGCACUCACAGUGAGAUCUGAAAGUUGUUAAUGGCAUAUAAUAAUACUCAGAAAUUCUACUUCCCUCCCAUUGCUAACUCUCCUACAUAUUGUCACCUCCAAGGAGUUUGUCACUUGGGUAUUUUGCUAUAAAAUUGUCGAUUUUUAAAGAUUCUCUAAGCUGUUCUACUAAGGGAAGAGCACUGCCUCUGGAUUGCUAUUUCUGUGGUGUUUUGCUCAGCUGACACUGAGCACACUCUGACAGCCGCUGGACUGGAUGCCACAGAGUCCAGACGCAAGGGCAGCCCUUGCAAGCUCAGAGGGAGCAGGGCAGGGAUCGUUCUCUCAAUUUCCAAAAGAAAACGUGAACCGUGCAAAUUGCCUGCAGUUGCAAAAGAGCCUGUGAGCGAGCCAAGCGCUUGUUCCAGACCCUGCGCGGCGCCGGGCGAUAUUUCCGCCUCACGGCCCCUCUCCUGCAGGCAGCUCUUCAGCACUGACCCAUCUGCAGGAGGGCUGGGGGCCCUGCCACGUGUGCUGCACGCUCCCCUCCACGUGUGCUGCGUGAACCGAGAGACCGAGCCUCUGCCACUGGCCACAGCAGGGGUUUUUUGCUGGAUGAACAGCAGAACCACAACCAGGAGAGAAGGGGACAGACCACACUAACCAGAGUGAAAAACAGUCAGCAAAAGGUGAAGCGUAGAUGUUCUCUGCCCAGAAAACCUGAAACAAAAGAUGGAUACGAAUGACAGAUCAAGAGACUUUCAGUAUGUAGAGGCAGCACUGAAUGGAGUAAUUGUGAUUCACAAAAUGUGUCACCCAGGAGCAGAAAAGAUGUACAACUAAGCCUGUUAUACCAUAUUUCCAUUACCAGUUCCUGAUGGAGAGGCCUGGGGCUAUGUGGUUGUGGACUUAAAGUGAUGGUUCAACAUUGUAGCAGUGCAGAAAACUAGGAAUUAAGAUUUUUGAAUUAAGAAGUUGAUUUGAACUCUUCAGAAAAUUUCAUGCCCAAGAGGAUUUGUUAUCUGAGCUGGAAAAAAAGUGCACAGGAACCCACUGCUCUUCUGAACCCACCAACCACCUCCUUACUGCUGAUUUUGCAAGGUUUAACCUGGACUUGCUGCACAUCCACGUGGAAGCAGAAUUUGAACUCCUCUGGGUUUCUGGUGGUCUCUGAAGAAAUGCUUCAUAUUUGUGAAAGUGGGACACCAAAGGAACAAGAAGCACCAAAAUAUACAGCAAAAAGACUUCAACCAUGUAGUGACAGCUUCAAGACCUGAGCAACAUUUAAAGGAGCCAGAUGAAUUAGAAGAUUGCCAAAGUAUCUCCGCUUUCUCCGAAGCAGUUAUCUGUUCUGGGCCUAAUUCCAAGCCCUGUUAAAUUGAUGGCAAUCCUUCCAUGGGCAUCGGAGGAAUGCAGUUUAGAACCUGUGAUGGAGGUGCAAAGCAUCACCAGAGAGGAUGGAUAAACAGCCUCUGCAGUCAUCCAAAAUUGACAGAGAUAAUGAUGCCAUUGCAUUUGAAAAUAACAUCCAGCAACUGAGCCCAUCUGAAGAGGGGGAAGCAAAGGAAUUUUUUUCCACUGUUGGGGAAACAAAAAGUCAGAGCUGCAAAGGAGGUGAUGAUUUGUCAGACUUAUUCAAUGAAAGUAAAGAGCAGGAAUAUCCAACUGCACCAGAACAAACAGUUGUAAGAAAUCUCAAGAAUCUAAAAUUUGAGGCUUGUGCUCCACAACAGGAGAAAGGAGGAAAAAAAAGUUUCAACUGUUUAUUCUGCCCAUUCACCUCAGUCAAGUUAUCCAGUCUUAGGCGUCAUUUGAAAACCCAUUCGGAUGAGAAGCGUCACGUGUGUCACCUCUGCCCGAAGGCCUUCCGUACAGCAGCUCUGCUGCACAACCAUGUGAACACUCAUACAGGGAACAAACCCCAUAAAUGCAGUGAGUGUGACACUGCCUUUGUGACCCGAGGGGAGCUCUCACGACACAGGAGGUACAAGCACACUUUGGAGAAGCCUUUCAAGUGCACAAUAUGUGAAUACUCCAGUGUAGAAGCCAGCAAGAUGAGACGCCACGUUCGCUCGCACACGGGAGAGCGGCCCUACCCCUGUCACCUGUGCAGCUAUGCCAGCAAAGAUGCCUGCAAACUGAAAAGGCACAUGUUAACUCACACUGGUGAAAAACGCUACGAAUGUUACGUUUGCCAAGCCAGAUUCACUCAGAGUGGUACCAUGAAAAUCCAUGUGUUACAGAAACAUGGAGAAAAUGUGCCAAAACACCAGUGUCCACAUUGUAGUACUUCCCUUUCCCGAAAAAGUGAUUUGGGUGUCCACCUGAGGAAUCUGCAUUCCUACAUGGAAGAGGCAGUGAAGUGCAGGGACUGUGAGGCAGCUUUCCAUGAGCGCUACGCCUUCCUUCAGCACAGGAAGACUCACAGGAGUGAGAAAAGCUUCACGUGUGCUCGGUGCAGCUGCACAUGUAACCAGAGUAAUAUGUGUAAGCAUGCUGAAAAUUGUGGAUUGGUGAGGGCAAAAACUGCUACACCCAGAAAAGGAAGCAAAAGCAAAAAUAAAAUCCAUGAGAACCCGAAGCGUGCUAAGCCAGAAGUUGCCCUGAAAUUACUCCCAGAUGACUCUACUGUGAGAAAUGAACAUUGUGCCGGUGAGAUCAUUCCUGUUUCAGAUGAGACAGAAACAGCAACUCCGAAAGAGCACAGAACAGAAGCAACUCAUUAAAUGGAUCCUCAACAUGAUGGACAACUAACGCACAAACAGGCUGGUCUUCCUUGUUCUCAGUAGUUGUAACUGGGCAGCUCAAAGUGUGGCACUACCUCCAGUUAGAAGGGUGGAAAAGAUGCUGUUGGAAGCUGUUGAAGCCCUUCUGUGCUCAUUUCUCUUCUUGCUGCAGUUUCUACUGUGUAACCCAAAUACCACUGCAAAUUGUGAAAGUUAGAGGCAACUUUCACCUGGUUUAUUACAUUCAGGUAAUGACAGAAUGGCAAAAAUCAGCUAAUUUCAGAGUUAUUUAUUAAAGACUAGAUUGGUUGUUUCCCCUUACAGUUGUUUUUUUCCAGCUUUACUCACAGGGUUGCAGACUGAUCUGAGGCAAGUUUAUCCCUCAGUAUCACUGAGAGCUGCCUGAAUUUCAGUGUUUGUAAUUUGCUGAGGUGAGCAGAUGAAAGGCAAUGAUUUUUUAGUACAAGGUACAUUUACUAAAUCUCCUUUCUGCAAACACUUUCGUUUCCAAUCGAAUUCAUGAUGCAAUAGGACGCAUGACACAAUUUUGUGGAAAAGCACCAUUUUUUUGCCUCAUACUACUGCUAAUUAGAAACUAACCUUUUGUCUGAGUUUUUCUCAGCUCACUUACCUGGAGAAACAGAACUGCAUGACAAAAAUGAAGCAGGAACAGCGUGGCAGAGAAGUGUGGAGGACCCCCACAUUGUGGGAAUGUAAAACCUUCUGUGACCUUAAUCUGACUCUUUUUUGAAUGCAGGUGGGAUCUGUUUUCUUUAAGCAGCCUUGCAAGUGUUCCCAUGUACGCUUGUGAUCCUCCAUUUAGCACCAGAUCCACACCACAUCCACGACUUUGACUUUAAUUAGAUCUUCAGUAAAGCACAACUGUGUUAUUUAGGAAAGUUCAUGUUUAUAGUAUACUUAAAAAUCAGAAAAUAAUUUAACUGUCAAAUACAAUUCUCUGACUUUCCUUAGGUUGUAAGAACUACUGGGUUUAACACUUAAUAAUUACUAGAGUCAUUACAGUAUGUACUAUUAAUUUUUCUGAUUCAUUACAAUGAUCACAAUUGCUAUUUAUGCACUGUUCACACUUUUUUUUUUUGUCAUUUAUAAUUAAUGCUUGGAAGCCUCAUAAAAUCUUAAAUACUUUUUAAAUAUUCAUCUUUAAUGCUGCUAUUCUUAUGUUACAUUUCAUAAUAAAUAAGUACCAGCAUAACUAACAAAUAUUAAUAACGUUAGGUCAUGUAACAACUGAAUUUAAUUGGAACGCCAAACCCUCAUCCCAAUUUCAAGAUUAACAUCUGUGUUGGACUUCAUUAUGGUGUGGAAUUGGACCAGUAUGAAAAGGUUUGGGUUUGCAGGUUGGGCAGGCUGUGGCUGCAGGUUCUGCUGCUGUGGUCAGAGGAUUCCUGUGCUGUGCACCCCAGGUGAGCUGCAGGCUCACAGCAACUGCAGCUUUUAACUUUUUUACCUUGAAACAAUGAAACAAUGAAACUUCUAAUUUUUUGCCAGUUAGUUUCUUAACAUAGCAUCUUCAUCCUGUACUUGGUGACAUGUCUACAUGCCCGUUCUAGGCUAACUUCUUUAAUCCAGCAGCUGAGACCCAAAGCAGUGCCAGGAGCUUUGUGCCACGCAGUGUCCCCGGUAUCUCAGUGAUCAGAUAAGAGAGGAUGUUGGGAUUAGCAGGAGAUAAUGCAGUCUUAAAUAAAUAAUCCCAUUUAUAGAGACCACACCAAAGGCCACACCAAGACCUUCAUCAAUCAUCUCAGUCAAACACAUGAACAGGAAUUACCACUUUGGUGACAGAAACCUCCUUCAGUUUUGUAGCAAGCCCUGAAAAGUCAGAGGGCUUGAAUUCAUUUAGAUUCCUUAUUGAUUCUGUCCCUCCAUUACAGGUCUGUUACUUCAGUGUUUAUAAAGUUUCAUAUUGAUUGCUCUGUGUCUGUUUUCAUGCUGGUAAAAUUUCAGGAAGUUCAUUUGUUCUUACAAGUGACAGGAUUUAAGAAUACUUUUGUUCAUUAUAAUUGCUUAAAUAAUAUUGUUAACUUCAUUCUUGUUGAGCUGUUUCCAUUUGUGUUAUAAAUUCUAAGCAGCAGAUUGCUUGGUUAAAAUUAAUUUUAGAAGUUGUUUAAAUUCCUUGAUCAAUUUGCUGAAUAUAUAUUGUUCAUUUGAAUUGUUAAUAACAAAGCUGACUCAUUCUGUGCUGACAUCUAAAAAUCAGACUACAUAGAGUGGAAUGUGAAUGUAGUAAUAAAAGAUAUUUUUAUCUCUGAACUUUCAAAUUAUUAUUUCAGUAGUUAGAAGCCAUGAAUGUGUCAUUUUGGAAAUCAAGAAAGAGUGCUUUGACCUCCUCAGGAGCCAUUCCUAGUGGCCUUAUGCUUUUUAACAGCAGUGAUUGUUCUUCAUGAUUAAGAGUUUGCAUAAUGAUGCAAAUGCAAAUAUUUGCAUCACUAUUCUGAUUUAUAUUUUACAAAGAUAAUUUAAUUUCAUUAUAUUACUCACAUAUUUUGGACCAGUAGAUCUGUAUUAACAUCUUUUAAAGCAAUGCAUAUUCUGAACAGAGGCCAAAUUUAAAAUAUUUUAAUUUACUAAUUGUGGAGGAGUUGUUAAAUACACAGGAAUUAUUCAUGUCUGAAACAGAUAAUACUGGAGUGUUCUGUAGCAUUAUGUAACAGUGUUCUGAGAUAAUUCACUUAUUUGGGAAAGAAGAGGAAACUUGCAUUCUGAGUUUCCUUUGCAAGCUGAAAUUGUCUAUGCUUUAAAUAGUUAAUGUGUGAGGAAAUACAGUUUUUCACAGACCCAGCUGAUAAAAUGCAGAGAAAGAGUAAAACCAGGCCUUUGGAUACUUUUUUUUUUACUAUUUAGGCUCUGUAAUAAAACAGACUUGACACAGGAGUAGCUUCAAUGACGCUAAAACGCGACAUGACCUUGUGGAAGUGACGUGUCAAUUAGAAUGAACUGUGUCCUGAAAUUUGGAAGAACUGACCUCAGAAGAAUCCUGGACAAAAGAAGAAGGAGCCAAGACUGGAAACUGGCUCUGCAGGAGCUCCUGCUGGAGUUCAGGGGCAGUGCUGGUCUGGG